AUGGCAGAACCCCACCCUUUCCCUAAUACCAUCAAGACAGAACUUCGGACGGAGAUACUAUUGUUCAACAUACUACAGAGGCUGCCGUUCAAAUCUCUACGCCGAUUCAUGUCUGUUUGCAGGCAAUGGUACUCGUUAAUAACGACCCCAUUGUUCAACAUACUACCGAGGCUGCCGGCCAAAUCUCUAUGCCGUUUCAUGUCUGUUUGCAAGCAAUGGCACUCGGUAAUAACAACCCCGGCGUUUGCCAAGAUACAUCUCCACCAUCUAACCAACAACGACGAUCAAAACCACUACAAAUUUCUUGUCUUAUCUCUCUCAGAACCAUACAGGUUCCACACCAUGGAUUGUGAAACACCUAAAGAUCCUUCGCCAGCCACCCGCUUCGUGCCAUUUGAAGGCGCCAGUUGGGAAACCUUUUCGAUUGUAACAUCUUUGCAUGGAAUGUUAUGUGUAGGAAUAACUAAGUCUUCUCGGGAAGAUGCUGAAUACUCUGAUCUAAUUCUAUGGAAUCCUUUGAUGGGUGAGUAUAAGACGUUGUCUAAAGCUGGUUCCGACACCAUAUGUUACAUGAAGACUAAAAGUCCAUUUGGAUUGUACUACAGCUCUUCUGAUAACGACUACAAGAUUCUACGUGUCACCGGCUAUCAUGGUGGUUAUAUAUACUCGUUGAAAUCUGACUCGUGGAGAAAGGUCGUCAUUGAAACAUAUAACUUCGAGCCGCGGCUUUACGGCUGGUUCUCAUAUACUUGGGAGCCAACUGCUUUGUUGAAUGAAAAAUUGUAUUUCUUAAAACAAGAAUGUUAUGGAAACUGUAUUCGAAACUCAUAUGCGAUUAUGAUGUUCGACACAAAGACGGAAAAGUUCACUGCGAUUGCAGCUCCUUCUUUCAAAUACCAAUUAACAACCUGUUCGAGUUUCAUGGUUCACAGAGAUCGAAUCCACUUGUGUGUCACUAUUUCGGGAGGAAACUGUGUAUUUAAUGACAACAUCGAGUUAUGGAGGAUGGAUGGAGAUGGAGAUUGGACGAAGGUGGUAAAUUAUCGGCCGAUGUCAAUUUUUCUGUGGCAUGAAUACCCAAUGCACUUGAUGAGGAAUGGAGACUGGCUUAUGCAUUCACGUAAAAUUGGAGGUGGCAUUCUCCAACUAGAUAUGGACAAGCAAACUACAGACGUGGUGUAUCCAAAUAUGAAUACAGGCAUUUAUAUCCCUCUAAGAGGCAAAUACAUCGAGACUAUUGUGUCACCCAAUCAAUAUACGAAGAAACAUCUCCAUCAGACUCUUUUAACCUGA